AUGAAAAUUCAAUCUGUGUGUGUUCUCUUUCUGGUCCUUUGCCUUGUGGAGCCAUCGUCUCUCAAUCAAUCAAGGAGAAAAUAUGCCUCGAAAAGCCAAACCCUUUUUCAAACGGCUAACACCACAACGCAUUUAUCCUCGCAGAUCGAGUCAGACGGAUUGCUCCUUAUAAAUUCACGCUCGAAUGUCUCAUUAGGAUAUGCAACAAUAGACCAGCUGCAAGAUUACCUGAGCAACGGGUCUUUAUCAUCCCAAGAUCUGGUUCGUUACUAUCUUCAGCGCUUCCAGCAACUCAACCCUCAUGUGAAAGGCAUUCUGCAGCUGAAUCCAGACGCGCUAAAAAUUGCUAAGGAAAGGGAUGAAGAGCGCACCCAAGGUCUGGUUAGAGGACCAUUACAUGGCAUACCAUUCUUAGUUAAAGAUAAUUAUGCGACCAAAGACAAAAUGGAAACAACAUGUGGAUCUUGGUCAUUAUUAGGAUCAGUUGUUCCAAGGGAUGCAUUUGUUGUUGCAAAAUUGAGAGAUGCUGGAGCCGUUUUGCUUGGACAUACGACGCUUAGCGAAUGGGCCGAUAUGAGGUCUUCAUGUUACUCUGAAGGCUAUUCUGCUCGUGGUGGGCAGGCUCGUUGCCCUUUUGAUUUGAGUGUAAGCCCUGGCGGGAGCUCUUCUGGAAGCGCGGUGGCUGUUGCGGCCGACAUGGUAACCUUUAGCCUUGGAACAGAAACCGAUGGUAGCAUUAUCGACCCAGCUAUGAAAAACGGCAUUGUUGGCUUUAAGCCAACAGUAGGGCUGACUUCAAGGGCAGGGGUGGUUCCUGAAUCCGAGCAUCAAGACUCUACUGGACCGAUGGCAAGAACUGUAAGAGAUGCUGUUUACGCUUUUCAGUACAUGUGGGGUGUGGAUGAGCGAGACGUAUACACUUUGAACCAAACCGGACACGUACCCCAGGACGGAGAUUAUGUGAAAUUUUUGUCAGACAAGGAAUCGUUGAAAGGCGCCAGAUUCGGCAUACCUUGGCAAAAACUUUGGACGUUGGCUGAAGAAAAUGAAAUAUCAAGAUUAGCAGAAGUUAUCAAAAUGAUAGAAAGUGCUGGUGCCACUAUCUACAAUAAUACUAAUUUCAAGAAUCUUGACGUCGUUUCGAGCAGUGGUUGGGACUGGAAUAUGGGACCGGCCAAUGAAAGUGAGUUCACAGUAGUCAAAGUCGACUUCUUCAACAAUAUUGAAAGCUAUUUGAGUGAACUCGAAAAUAGUGAUAUGAGGUCUCUAAAAGAUAUUGUGGAGUACAAUAACCGAAACUAUGAAACUGAGGGGGGGACUGAGAACACACAUCAUGCAUUCCAGUCGGGCCAAGACUCGUUCAUGGAGUCUUUAUCGUGGGGAGGCGUUCAAAACGAAACAUACUGGCAAGCUGUGGAGUUUGUUCAAAAAACUUCUCGUGGUGAAGGUAUUGACUACGCUUUAAAUUACACUGACCCCGAAACAGGAGAAAACUUUAACUUAGAUGGACUGCUAGUUCCUAGUGGUCUCCCUAUUACACAUCAACAGGCUGCAAAGGCAGGAUAUCCAAUGAUAACCCUGCCAGUCGCUUCCAAAGAGUCCAACGGAAGACCCUUUGGUUUGGGUAUUAUACAAAGUGCUUGGGAGGAGCCAAAGCUUAUUAAGUAUGGAUCUGCCAUCGAGGAUCUAUUAAAUUAUCAGCUGAAACCAUGGUCUAACGACAACUUAGAUAAAAAUAUCUCAACAACUUAA